AUGGCCCGUCGUUUGGAUCUUGGGGUUCUAUUAUGUAGCCUUCUGUAUGUGACGUCGGUGUCGUCUGCUGCAAAGCAGUACAUAAUUACGGACAGCGGAGGAUCACUGCAGAUCCAAAUCAACAGAAUCACGGUUUUGAACCAUACAUUGUUAUCUCCUUCGUUUUACGUUGGACAAGGAAAGACUAUAUUUCUGGAAGCUCUAGGAAAUUUCCAUGUCAGAAACUAUAUAAAGGAAAGAAUAGCUCUCAGGAGAUUCUCCAAAAUACAAAACACUACCACCUCCGACGUCUACAACUUCACGGAUGGAGGGAUCUAUUCUGUUCAAGUGACGUUCGAAACCAAGCUUAACCAGGAUGUGGUUGUAUCGUUCAAAAACACUGGACAGACUUACACACACAGUUGGGUCGUACUAGCAGCUUCUCCGACUGACAAAAUUUAUGGGGGAGGGGAGCAGUUUACUCACCUUAAUCUUAGAGAAAGGACGUACAACUCCCUAGAGUUGUUCACAGUACUCAGAUCGGAUGACCUGACAUACCCAAUAUGGACAAGAGAGCAAGGUGUAGGAAGAGACAAAAGCACUAACACAACCUUCUUCGCUGACCUCCAGUCCGGCGGUGGGGGAAACUUUGCCACCACUUACUUUCCUCAGCCCACCUUUAUAACCUCCAAGAAAUAUUACUUUCACUUCACUUCUACCAGAUACAUAGUGUUCGACUUCAGUGUCCCCACUUCUCAUGAAGUCUUUAUCAAUGGAGACUUUGGUGACAUUUACUUCAAAUCUGCAUCCUCUUUUAAACCUUUGGUUGGAAGUCUUUCAUCAGUAUUUGGACGAAUGCCAAAAUUACCCCUUUGGAUUUAUGAUGGAAUUAUAAUGGGCGUACAAGGAGGAACAAAAAUUAUGAUGGAAAGGUACCAGCAAGCAAAAGCUCAAGGAGUGAAUGUCCGUGGUCUAUGGAUUCAAGACUGGUCUGGAAUUAUCAACACGUCGUUCGGUCAAAGAGUAUUCUGGAACUGGCAAUGGAACGCCACAAGAUAUCCAGGUUUGGACGAAACGAUCAAAGAACUGAAAAAAGACGGCGUACGAAUAACAGUUUACAUGAAUCCCAAUCUUAACAACCAAGGCCCACUUUUCAAGGCAGCGGAGAGCAAUGGUUACCUUGUGAAGAAUAAGACCGACCAGACAUAUUUGUUCAAUUUUGGAGAAUUUUUCUGUGGGAUUGUGGAUUUAACUAAUCCUGACGCAUACAACUGGUAUAAAGGUAUUAUCAAGAAAAACAUAAUACAGCUCGGGAUUGGCGGAUGGAUGGCAGACUUUGGAGAAUAUCUUCCUGUCGAUGCAAAAUUAAAGGGAGGGUCGGGUGAAUUAUUCCACAACCAGUGGCCUGUUCUUUGGGCCAAGUUAAACCGUGAAGCGGUCCAAGAAUCUGGAAAAGAAGAAGAUGUGGUAUUCUGGAUGAGGGCUGGUCAUACUGGUACUUCUAACUACACUACUCUAAUGUGGGUUGGGGACCAAAACGUUGACUGGAGCACAGGAGACGGCCUUCCGUCUGUUAUUCCCUCUGCUUUGUCCUCUGGGUUGUGUGGCAUUGGUAUGACUCACAUGGACAUUGGUCUGUAUACCACGUUUGGAGCGUUGGGGUUAAGGCGAUCUGCAGAGCUGCUUCUAAGGUCUGCAGAGAUGGCCGUCUUCUCCCCUGUGAUGAGGACACACGAAGGAAACCAGCCAGCGUACAACGUUCAGAUGUAUAGUUCGGAUAUAAUUCUCCGCCAGUUUAAACGCCUUGUUGACAUGCAUAAGGCCCUGUCUAACUACACAUCUGCCGCCAUGGAUGAGUACGUCAGUUCCGGUGUAGCCGUCCAAAGACCCUUAUUUCUAAUGUACCCGGAUGAUGUGAAAACAUAUGAUCUGAAAUAUCAAUAUAUGUUCGGUUCAGACAUCUUAGUGGCUCCAGUGAUUCAACCUAAUGUUCAAAAACAAAAUGUUUAUCUUCCAAACGAUAAGUGGAUUUAUUUAUGGAAUAAAACGGAUGUGAAUCCAGGGGCAGUAACUGUGAAUGCGCCUGUUGGAUUACCUCCCGUGUUUGUUCGUAAAAACAGUUCAUUCCUCAAUGACAUUCUGUCUCUGGCAUCGUAUGAACUUAUUCCUUUCAAUCCGUCCAAAUCUAAACCGUCACAAGUUUCCAAUAACUCACCGCUCACAGACUUCUUGUCUUCUGUGAUAUUAGUCGCAUUUUGUACUUGUGUUGCAUUAAGAAGUAUUCACGUGUAAAAUGUACGUUUAAUACGAAGAUUUUUACGCAUAAGAAAUGGAAUAUGUAGUCUGAAAGUAAAAAGGGGAGCAAAGGUGAAGACGGUCAAUCUUUUUUUAGGGGUGGGGGGUU